CAGCCAAUGAGGGCCAAGAACCUGCACGUCAUCACUAGGGGCCGGAAAAAAGUCCCAUGCGUGAAUUUCACCUCCGGAGCUGUGGUUGUUAAUGAAAGCUAACAGUGCGUCCGUCGGUGGUCAUGUGGUCAUAAAGCGCGUGCUGUGCCGUGCGUGUCGGUGAUUAUGAGUUCUGUGCCCGUGAGGCUGAAGUCUCUGGCGGUGCUCUUUAGGCUUGCGGCGCGCUGUGAGCGGCGCUUCCAGCGGAGUCUGUCUCACUUCGUCCGCUCCAUGGAGGAGAGAACCGCUCCGGGUCCGGGGACCGCCGCGCAGAAAGAGCCGCUGCGACGGCAGAAAAUUAAGGAAAAGAGGAGCAAGACCGGAACGGACGGACCGAGCAACGUGUACGUGCAGGUGGUCGGUGCCGGAAGCAGAGACGCUCCUCCGUCGCUCUACGUCUUCUCCAACCUCAACAAGUACCUUUUCAACUGUGGCGAAGGAACGCAGAGACUCAUGCAGGAGCACAAGUUGAAAGUUUCUCUCUUGGACAACAUCUUCAUCACCCGGCUGAGCUGGGAGAACGUUGGAGGUUUAUCAGGGAUGUUGUUAACCUUGAAGGACAUAGGCAUUCUAGAUUGUGUUCUUUCUGGACCACCACAUCUGGACAAGUAUUUGAGGGCCAUAAAGACAUUUUCCGGCCCACUGGAAGGCAUCAACGUGUUGGUUCGACCGUACACAGAAGAGACGCAUACAGACGAAACAAUGACCGUUCACCAGGUCCCCAUAUUUGGUGGAGCUGGAAGGGAAUCCACACCCAUGUCCCUGGUGGUGGCUUUUAUCUGUAAGAUUCACGUGAAGAAAGGACAUUUCUUAGUCAUUCAAGGAAAGGAGCUUGGAUUACCAGUGGGCACAUCGGCGAUUGCUCCGCUCAUCGCAGAUCUGAAAAAUGGGAAAAGUAUCAUUUACGAAGGAAAAGAGAUCCGGCCUGAGCAGGUUUGCGCUCCUUCUUCACCCGGACUCUGCUUCAUUGUUGUGGAGUGCCCCUGUGAGGCUUUUGUGGACACCGUCUGCACCAAUCAGCAGCUUCACAGAUAUCAGGAAGGAGGAGCAGAGGAUCCGGCGGUGCUUGUGGUCCACAUGACUCCAGAAUCUGUUCUGAAGACGGAUAAAUACAGAGCCUGGAUGGAGAGGUUUCCAUCCACAACACAACACCUGAUUCUUAAUGAACAGGCUUCGACAGUCCACCACAUCAGGAGCCACAAACUUCAGGCACAGCUGAACAUGAUUCACCCGGAGAUCUUCCCACAUCUCCAGUCGUGGAAAACGAAGGAGAGUCCGGCUGCUCUGCACGUCUCCCACGUCAGAGCCGAAUGUCUGCUCAAAUUCCAGCUCAGACCCGUAAUGGAGUGGCAAAGAGAUGCCGUUCCCUCCUGCAACCAUGAGGAGUUUGAGAAAGAGGCGUCUGAGGUCCCAGACUUUCUGACACAAGUGGAAGCGUGCAGACAGUCAUACUCCACUGACACUGCUCUGCUUUCCGCAGAAAGAGACAAGAAGUACCCAGAGGUGGUUUACUUGGGAACAGGAUCAGCACUUCCGAUGAAGACGAGAAACGUCAGUGGUACUUUAGUCAACAUCAGCCCGACUCAGUCGAUGCUGCUGGACUGUGGAGAGGGAACCUUCGGCCAGCUGUGCAGACACUAUGGAGAAGGAGUGGAUGAUGUUCUUUCCAAGAUCUCCACCAUCUUCAUCUCACACUUGCAUGCUGACCAUCACACAGGGCUGGUGAAGAUGCUUUAUCAGAGGGCCAGAGCACUGGCAGAGUUAAGAAAACCGUUUGACCCCAUCUACCUGGUUGCUCCGUCCCAGAUCAUGGCCUGGCUGAGUCUGUAUAAUGAUCACUGUGAGGAGAUUCUUAACCACAUCAACUUGAUCCCAAACAGAUUUGUGUGUGUUGAUGAGGGUGAUGUCCAAAAACAUGCCUCCAAGCCACUGGUCGGGUUGAUGCUGAGACACAAUAAUCUGCAAACGUUCCAGACGUGCGCUGUGCGGCACUGCAAGUAUGCCUACGGUUGCAGCUUGACUCACGAGUCGGGAUGGAAGCUGGCCUUCUCCGGUGACACCAUGCCCUGCGAUGCUUUCGCACAAAUUGGAGAGAAUUCAAACUUACUGAUUCACGAGGCCACGCUGGAAGACGGGCUGGAGGCGGAAGCUUUUAUCAAAAGACACAGCACCACCUCCCAGGCCAUCGGUAUGGGGGUGAAGAUGAACGCUGACUUCAUUAUGCUCAACCACUUCAGCCAGCGUUAUAGCAAAAUCCCACUGUUCAGCAAAGACUUCACGGACAGAGUGGGAAUAUCAUUCGACCACAUGAGAAUCCGCUUUGGAGACUUGAAAGUCCUCCCCAGGCUGAUUCCUGUCCUGAAAACCCUCUUUGCUGGAGAGAUCGAGGAGAUGGAGGAGCGACGGCAGAAGAGGGAGUGGAAGACGGGCAGCGGGUUGAUGUUCAGCCAGGGUGAUAAACGAGAACAAGAGGAGGCGGCAACAGAAAACCAAGACACCAAGAGGCUGAAGGCUGUCUGAAACUUAAAUCAGCGGAAACGUGAACUCGGAGAAACAAACUUUUCCCGCAGAUAUCCCGAGUUGUUUUAAUUUUAACGACCAUCAGCAAGUCUGAGAUUUUUAUUUGCUUAGUUUGGCUUGUUUUGACGUCGAAGCUUGUGCUGAGCUGCACUCAGCCUUUUACAAUAGACAUAAUAAAUCAAUACCACAGAGUUUGA